UUAUUGUGAUAACAGGAAGUGGUUUUAUUGCGACAGUCAGGAGCGGAAGUUUGUGUUCUGUUUAUCUCUGCUCCGUGUGACCGACUGUCCUGCUGACACCGACCCGACCAUGAGCUCCGCUCUGUGGCCUACUCUCCUCCUCCUCCUCGGCCUCUCCUGGGCCGGCCUCGGCUCCUCCUCCUGCCGGGUCCAGAUCCCUCCUCACGACCAGGUGGCCCGGGUGGCCCGCUUCAUCGCCCACCAGUGUGACUGGGCCUCCAUGGCCACCAUCUCCAGCCACAAGCCGGUGGAGGGUCAGCCGUUCUCCAACGUCUUCUCGGUGAGCGACGGGCCACAAGGAACCAGCUCCGGGGUCCCGUACAUGUACCUGACCCACAUGGAGGUGUCGGUCCAGGACCUGCAGGUGAACCCCCAGGCGUCCCUGUCCAUGUCUCUGGCCCAGACCGAUUACUGCAAGCAGCAGGGCUUCGAUCCUCAGAGUCCGCUCUGCGCUCACAUCAUCCUGUCUGGAUCCGUCGUCCAGGUGAACGGGACGGAGGCGGACUUUGCAAAGAAAGCUCUGUUCAGCCGACACCCGGAGAUGAUCGACUGGCCCACGGACCACAACUGGUUCUUCGCCAAGUUCAACAUCACUCAGGUGUGGGUGCUGGAUUACUUCGGAGGGGUGAAGACCGUCUCUCCUGAUGAAUAUUUCCAGGCGGCGCCCCACAGGAAGCACCACUGACGGAAUCAACCUUUGACCCGGAAUGAUGAUGAUGAUGAUGAUGAUGAUGAUGAAGGCGUCCUCAGCCAGUUCUCUUCUUCUCUUCCUCUUCAAACUCUUCCACUUCAGUUUUCUCUGAUCAAUUAAUUAAUCAAUCGGAGUUAAUUAAAUGGCUUAUGAAUCAGAAAGUUUUGUAUCAAAUUAUAGAUUUUAAAUCGGAACAAUAUUCAUCUUUUUCAGACAUUUUGGCAUAAACAUUAAUAAUUAGUGAUAUUUAAACAUUAAUAAACAGAAAAAAUAUGAUUUUAGAAAGUUGUAGUUCAGAGUUUUCACCGCUGGGGGGAGACAUUGGGCCGAUUAUUAGCGCCAUCAAAAGCACUUUAAAGAUAUUUAUUUGAAUAUUUGCUUUAAUAUUGGGUUUUAUUAUGAACCAAAGUGUUAAAAAGUUCUCUAAGUGAUUCUCCUGGUUGACCUUUGACCUUCUGAAUAUUACUUAUUAGGUAUUGUGCAUUUUUCUUACAGUAACUACAUUUCCCAUGGUUCAUAGCGAUAGGAAGGUGGAGCAUUAAUUAGGAAUUAAUGGUUUAGACUCAGUUAGGCUAAAUGUAUUCACUUUAAACGUCUAAAUGUGAAUUUGUGAUCAUGUUUGUGUUUUUAUCUUUAACAAAGUGACUCCACUUUUACCUGAAGGGCUCAAAUCUGAUGUUUUAUCUUUUAUUAAACAGAAUAAGUCAGUAUUUCAGUUUGUUUGUCAGAACAUAUUUUCAUACUUUUUUUUAGAAAAUCAGAUGUAUUUUUAAAAAGAAAAAUAAAUAUUUUUAGCAGAAAC